CUGAGAGAAGAGAAAACGCAUAAAAUAUUUCAUUCCCAAGUUUUUUUAAUUUCAUAUAAUUUCAAGCUCACUGCGUAUAUCGACGGAUCAGGAAUCUAUGGAAGCGCAGAGGUAGAUGCUUUGGACCUGCGUGACUUAUUCGGUGAUCAUGGAUUGCUGCGCUUUGAUAUUGUGUCCGCGGCCCAGAAGCCGUACUUGCCGUUUGAGCGUGAGUCGUCCAUGGAAUGUCGCCGUAAUCGUUCGCAUGAAAAUCCAAUUAGCUGUUUCCUAGCCGGUGAUUAUCGAGCGAAUGAACAACUGGCAUUGCUUAGCAUGCACACACUGUGGCUUCGUGAGCAUAACCGGAUUGCGACCAAAUUUUUGGAAAUCAAUCCACACUGGGACGGUGAAACAAUUUACCAGGAGACAAGAAAGCUUAUUGGCGCUAUGUUACAAGUUAUCACCUAUGAGCACUGGCUACCGAAAGUUCUCGGACCAGACGGGUAUGCGGAAUUGAUUGGACCUUAUCCAGGAUAUAACCCGGAAUUAAAUCCAACGCUGGCUAAUAGCUUCUCAGCUGCUGCUUUCCGAUUUGGCCACACUAUUGUUAAUCCGAUACUAUAUCGACUUGACAAAGACUUUGAACCGAUAAAAGAAGUUGAGCAGAACAAAGCUUUCACAGGGCACAUACCUCUGCACGAGGCUUUCUUCGCACCGGAACGAUUACUGUCAGAAGGAGGAAUUGAUCCAUUACUGCGAGGAUUAUUCGCAAUGCCGAUGAAGACACCCAAGGAGCAGCAGCUGGUCAACAAGGAAUUGACAUACAAACUUUUCAGUCGCGUCGAGGAGGUUUGUCCUGAAUCUCGCAUAUUUUUGCACCCAUUCUGGGCCACGGCGCUAGUUAACACUUAG